AUGACUGGUAUUUCGGAUAACUCAUCCCCCGAUCGUUCGGCUGCCGCGCAGCCUCCAAAGAAAAGGCCGCACGUUGAGUCUUCGAGCCGAAAGGCAGGUGCUGCUAGUUUGGGAAAUAAUCCACAGUCGACAUCACACGGUGGCAAGUUGAGUAUAAGUAGCAGCGGUGCCGAUGGCACAACUACGCCGUCAAGUACUGUUGUCAGCAUGGAUGUUGAUCAAUCACGUGUAUCGUCUGUAUCGGCUGCAAAGACGGGGGACCAACAAAAGUCUACCACUUCCGAAUCAGGCACAGCCACAAACAGCACGACUAACUCAGUCGCCAAAGUUUCGGUCACCAAUGUUGUGCAGUCGGCGAGCAAGCGUCGGCGCUCACCUUCUCCAGAUUGGCCUUUUAGUCCCAACGGCAUUGCUUAUCCAGACGAUCUUAUCGGUCGUGUGCGCACUAUGUCGUUCAUGAAAGACGACUCCACCUUGCGUUAUGGAGUUUCGGUCAUACCAAAACAGGCGCAAUGGGGUCCCGCCGAAUUCAAGUUGGACAACGUGAUGGUAGUCGAUAAGAAACCGAUUACCGUUUUCCUCGUUGGCGAAGUCGAAUCUACGUCCUUCUACAACCCGGAGACCAAAGCACUCCAGAAGUAUGUAUGGAUCAGCGUGAAACCCCUUUUUUCCGGCCUUGUUACCAUUGCAAACAAGAUGGUCUUGCAGUUAUCGAAUUAUGAAAAAGCCGAUAAGGAUUUACACUUUGAUCAAAUUGACGUUGGCUGUCGCUCUGCACGUCGUCUUAAGUACGAAAAGGGUUCCGAGGCGGUGGAGUUCAAGUACUGUUACGAUGCGUCUAUCAAGUACGACAAGAAGUCCGCCAUGCCGCAAAUUAAGGUUGACCGUAUCGGAUUCCGGGACCUCGUAUUGUUGGAGACAAACUUCGCACGCUUUCGGGUGGAUCAGGAGACUGGGAAAGCCACUUACGCGAACGAGUGGAAGACCUGGCGCUGCCGUUUCGAACUCGUGAGCAUAUGUCGUUUGAAGGAAUCAGACGAGUACGUCGAUCAGGAGCCGCUACCGGAUGAGGAUGUACAAGUGGUGUAG